UGAGACAAUGCUCACUUCAAGUCUCUAUUGUGUAACAGAACAUCAAAGCUUUAUUAUUUUUCUUUUUUUGCUAAAAGCUUUAUUUUCUUUGGUUCUCUGUUCUUAAAGUUCAAGAGUUAUGGUGAGAGUCUUUCUUCUAUACAAUCUUUUAAACUCAUUUCUACUCUGUUUGGUUCCCAAGAAGCUUAGAGUUCUCUUCCCUCCUUCUUGGUACACCGACGACAAGAUCACACCACCGUCUGAAUCGGAAUGCUCUUUGAGAACAGACCCGGUGGAUCUAAAAAGAGUGUUUCAGAUGUUUGACAAGAACGGGGACGGCCGCAUCACAAAGGAAGAGCUAAAUGAUUCUUUAGAGAAUCUAGGAAUCUUCAUGCCAGACAAAGAUCUGAUCCAGAUGAUCCAAAAGAUGGAUGCAAAUGGAGAUGGCUGUGUAGACAUAAACGAGUUUGAGUCUCUUUACGGUUCGAUAGUUGAAGAGAAAGAGGAAGAGGAUAUGAGAGAUGCGUUCAAUGUGUUUGAUCAAGACGGUGAUGGGUUUAUUAGUGUUGAAGAAUUAAAGUCCGUGAUGGCUUCCUUGGGACUCAAGCAAGGUAAAACUCUAAAGUGUUGUAAAGAGAUGAUUACUCAAGUGGACGAAGAUGGUGAUGGUAGAGUUAAUUACAAGGAGUUUCUUCAGAUGAUGAAAUCUGGUGGAUUUAGCAAUAGCUCAUCCUCAGAUUAAAGCUGAUUUGAUCCUUUUCUUACUCUGUAAAUAGUUUCAUUUUAUGUUUUUGUAUUAAUCUUGAACUGAAUUGUUAAAAAAUUAAGCAAUCUUGGUUUUUUU